AUGAAACAUUUCACAUACCAAAUUCAAGUAAUUUGUGACAAACAUCAUUACGGUCUUGGAUGUGCCAAAUUUGGCCAGCCAAGGGAUGACUUCUUUGGACAUUAUAUGUGUGAUCAAAAUGGUAAUAAGACCUGUCUGGAAGGCUGGAUGGAACCUGAAUGUAACAACGGUAGGGAUUUACAAUUUUUGUUUAGACAAUGUUCGAGGUGUGUUUUUUAGCUGCAAAAAUAAAUAAAAUACAAAUUGUAUCUGAUGCUAACAAUAUGUGAAAUUAAGUUUGUGUAAGCUGUGACAUUAAGAGCAGUUAUGUAAAACACUCUGACUGGGUUAUUCAAUGUGAAUUAUUGGGAAUUUACAACAGAAUUACACAUUUUAGACCAAUGUAGCCAAUUAGAAAUAUUACUGAACAGACUUUGCUAUUAUUUUUCCUACUUAAAAUUGCAAAAUCCCAGCUCAAUUCUGAAUAACGUCUGCAACAUCAAAACUGUAUUCUGAUCUGCUGCUUGGUGCUUCUAAAUCAUGAGAAAACUGAUAGAAUUGAAGUCAUGAUCACAGAUUGAACACACAUAGCACUCUCCCACUGUCCAUAUAUUUAACCAAUGUCAGGACAUCUCACGUACACUUACAAAAGCCGAACUGGGAAAUUCUUUAAGCCCGUUGCACUUUAAGUUUAGCUCUUCUGACCUUAAAUUUCUAAUCCACUUUGAAUUCUCUUUGAAUUCGUACUUUAGUAAAUAACUCUAAUAAUCAUUAUCAUGGCAGUAGAAGUGGGUUGGGGACCAUCAUUUUAUUAAAAGAGUUUGACAAAAGCCCAACGGGUUGUAAUGUAAUGUGAUUAUAGUAAAAUGUAAAAACAGACAAAUAAAAUGGUACAGUGAUGGACUAUCACUUCCAGAAAGCAAACUCCUCUAAGUGGAAACAUACAUUUAAUACCACUGGUUCUUAUUCGCUCUUGCUCUACCGUUUUAAGAAACAAAUUAAAAAUGUAUGCAUAAAAAAAAGAGAAAAUAUACAAUAUAGUGUAAUAUGGUCUAUGCACCAAUAAUCAAAAAUGUUCGUGGACUCAUACUCAUAACUCUCAGAGCUUUUAGGACCAGCUUUCAUUCAAACACCACUUUCUAGAAACAUACAGUGGAAACACCUCCCAAUACGUGGCAGUAUAAGAAAAAUACAAAUAACAUGAGAUAUAGGUAGUGGUUCGUUAGUGAAAUCUGUAUAAAAAAUUUGAAAACUGACAUAGCGUAAUACAGUAUUUAUUCAGUGAGUGGUAUUUAAUAGAAAUAGGUGCACUCACAAACAAACAUGAAAUCAGGCUUCUCACCCUCCCAGGGGUAAUAUGUAAUGUGUUGAAUAGAAGAUCCUCCGUGGAAUAUAUGCAAAUAAAGAACCAAAUAUAGCGAAGUAUGUAAUAAAAAUACAAAAUCACAUUUAUUGGUCUCACUUACAGGUGAUGAAAUAUAGUAGGCGUAUCUCCAUACAACAUGAUUGUAUGUGUUUUAGGUGUCAGUGAGGUACACUGACUUCUCCCUAAUAUAUGGUUUCUACCUUCACUCUGUAUAGUGUGUAUACUUUUUUGUUUGUUUUUAAACACCACUUUCUACCUGAUUAAAUGUUGUGCCACCUUUAAGAACUCCACAAACAGAGACUAGCUGUGGAACUCUAGUCCCACUGAGUUCUAUCCUCUGAUUUCCUCAUAGAAGAGGGGAAAAGGCAUAAAUGUAAGCAUGCACAGGUGCAGAUUACCCUUUGGAUUUAUAAAUAUUGGAAACAUAGGGACGUGUCUCCCUAAAACAGUCACACAGUGCAUGUUUAUGUGCUCGUAUAGACAGUGAGUGUCUAUAGACCAUUUAAAAUCCAAAGGGUAAGCUGCACUGAUGGGUACUUGUAUUUGUGCUUUUUCCACUAUAUAUUUUCAAAGAAAUCCCCAAAAAUUAGGUUUACUCACCUUGUUUCCAGUGCAGAGACUCUUCUGCUGCAGUCUCAGGUCCACCUCGGGUAAUGUCAGAAUCCUGGCUGACAAAACUCGCAAUCUCCUCUGAUCCAUUGCUUCUCACAGCAAAGCAAAGGAUUUGAACUAGGCAUGUGUGCCCAAACGCUGCUCUCCUUCAGUGAAAUGCUGCUUUGAGAUUGAGUUUUAUUUGGUCUGGAGAAGGAAAUGCCUCCAGUGGUGGUCAGGAAAAUAGCCACUAAAGGUGCAUUUAACCCUAAAAUGUAAACACUGCAGUUUCUAAAAAAAAUAUUUUUCAUUGCAGGGUUAAAAGGACAGGGACACUGCACCCAAACCACUUAAUUGAGAUUAAGGUGACUAUAGUGUUCCUUUAAAGUGAUAUGGUCUAUAAUCGGGUGCACAACGCUGUUUGACUGAGAGUUGGUCCGAAAUGCUCUCACAUGUGUGAACAGGAGUCCACAAAUAUUUAUGCUUGUUGGUGUUUAAACAAUAUUACACUAUAUUCUAUUCUUUUAUGUAGACAUUUUGAAGAGUUGUUUCUUGAAGCGAAAGAGCAAAUAUGAUAAGGGUGAAAUAACAUACACCAUCAUCCAUCUAUGAUAUAAACCUCCAUAUUGUUUGCAUAUAAAUGUAGUUAAAUAGCAGAAUUGGCAAAUAAUGGUUUGAAAAACAAGCCAGUGUGUUUAGCUCAGGUCCAUCCGGCUCAGCCUGCCCAUGACCACAUGUUUUAUAUGUAGCGUAUGUGUGUAGGGGAUGUAGCGUGUGUGUUCAGGGAAUGUAGUGUAUGUGUGUAAGGAAUUCAAGUUUGUAGAGGAUGCAGUGUGUGUGUGUGUGUGUGUGUAUAAUGGGUAUCGUGUAUGUAAGGGACGCGGUGCCUGUGUAUUUGGUCAGUGCUGUGUGCAGGGGCGUUUUAGCCGCGAGGCAAACAAGGCAUUUGCCUUGGGCGGCAUUUUUCAGGGGGCGGCAAAAAAGCCGCCCCCCAAAUGCCCAGGCAAAUGCUUUGUUAGCCUCGCGGCUAACUGACCGGCUGGGCUGGCGGGCGGCGCUGGGCAGGCGGCUGGCGAGGGAGCUCUUCCCCUGAGCGGUCCGCUCAGCUCCCUCGCGCGCCGCAGAGUGAGGCUGGGAACCGGAAGAUGACGUCAUCUUCCGGCUCCCAGCCUCACUUUGCGGCGCGCGAGGGAGCUGAGCAGACCGCUCAGGGGAAGAGCUCCCUCGCCAGCCGCCUGCCUAGCCCAGCCGGCAUCCACUGGACCACCAGGGAGGUAAUGAACCCCUCCCCCCAGCACUCCCAAAGGUAAGGGGGGGGGCUAAAUAAAAAUAAAUAAAAAAAUGUGUUAAUGUGAGUGAGUGAGUGUGUGUCUGUUAAUGUGUGUGUGUUUUGUUAGUGUGUGUGUGUCUGACUGUGUCUGUUAGUGUGUAUGUGUGUGUGUCUGACUGUGUGUCAGUGAGUGUGUGUUUGCCUGUGUGUGUCAGUGAGUGUGUGUUUGCCUGUGAGUGUGUGUGUGUCUGUUAAUGUGUGUGUGUUUGUUAGUGUGUGUGUGUGUGUCUGCUAGUGAGUGAGUGUGUCUGUUUGUGUGUGUCUGACUAUGUUUGUCUGUUAGUGUGUCAGUGAGUGUGUGUGUGUCUGACUGUGUGAGUGUGUUUGCCUGUGAGUGUGUUUGCCUGUGAGUGUGUGUGUGUUAGUGAGUGUAUGUCUGUUAGUGAGUGUGAGUGUGUCUGUUAGUGUGUGUGUGUGUUUCUGUUAGCGAGUGUAUGCAUAUCUGUCAGUGAGUGUGUGUGUGUAUUUAGAAGGCGGGGGGGGGUUGGUGCAGGGGGGGUUGGCGCGGGGGGAGGGGAGGGGCGCCUGCGUUUUGUCCUGCCUAGGGCAGCACAAAACCAGGAUACACCACUGGCUGUGUGUGUAUAGGGGAUGCAGUUUGUGUAUGUGUUUAUUGGAUGUGGGUAUGUGUAGUGGAUGUAGUAUGUGUGAAUAGUGAAUGUAAUGUGUGUCUAUAGUGGAUACUGUGUGUGUAUGUGUCUAUAGUGGAUGCAGAGUGUGUAUGUGUGUAUAGUUGAUACUGUGUAUAGUGGAUGCAGCUUGUGUGUGCACAUUUGUGGGGUGGGAUAAUGACCGUGAUCUGUAGAGGGGUGAGAAGGGCAGCUUUAUAUUUUAUUUCUGUGUAUGUGUGUAUAGUGGAUGCAGAGUGUGUAUGUGUGUAUAGUUGAUACUGUGUAUGUGUGUAUGGUGGAUGCAGAGUGUGUAUGUGUGCAUAGUGGAUACUGUGUAUGUGUGUAUGGUGGAUACUGUGUAUGUGUGUAUGGUGGAUGCAGAGUGUGUAUGUAUAGUGGAUACUGUGUAUGUGUGUAUGGUGGAUGCAGAGUGUGUAUGUAUAGUGGAUACUGUGUAUGUGUGUAUGGUGGAUACUGUGUAUGUGUGUAUGGUGGAUACUGUGUAUGUGUGUAUGGUGGAUGCAGAGUGUGUAUGUGUGUAUAGUGGAUACUGUGUAUGUUUGUAUAGUGGAUACUGUGUAUGUGUGUGUGUAUAGUGGAUGCAGCAUGUGUGUGCACAUUUGUGGGGUGGGAUAAUGACCGUGAUCUGUAGAGGGGGUGAGAAGGGCAGCUUUAUAUUUUAUUUCUCAAAGCUGUUUAUUGAGUAUGGCAAAAACACGAAAAAUUGGACACGCAGGUCCUAACGUCAAUAUCAAUGCAAACAGUGUGUACAAUAUUAUACAGCUAUAAAGUUUUCUACAAUGCAUGCUAGAUAGAAGCAGAAUGUGCGUUGUAUCUCGACUGACUCUUUGCAAGCUUUAUAUUUUAUCAUUAUUUUAUUAUACAUUAUUUUUAUAAUUUUAUUGUUAAACUAUAAGGUUAGUUCACCCUUUUUGCCUCUUACUUCUGACCAAGGAGGGUGAACCAGAAUUCUCUGGUGGUCUGAUGGUAGAAUCUCCUGUUACAAAUCCCUGGUUCUCCAGUGUAAAUUUUAAGUUCCAACUUGCAGCCUUGUUGUUGGGGUAAACACCUGCAUGCUACAUUCCAAAUAAUACAGCAAUCUGUUAUGCUUGCCUGAAUGCUAAAAACAAAUGCCUUCUUAAUGAAUCUGUUCUUUUCUCCACAGGCUGCAGCCCAACACACAGUGACGCUUGCAGAUAUCUAGGAGAAUGCAGGUUAUUUAACAAGGACUAUCAUAUGGAUGAAUUUAUGAGUAAACGGGGAAGUAUGAAUUGCUAA